AAAGGCUCAGAGUAUGGACAGUGAAGACCUAACCUGUUGCUAGGCAACGCCCUUUUGUUUACAGCUCGCGCUUGCCGCGGUUAAAUUUUGUGCAAAGUUAAUCAGACCCAUGGGGAAGCUCAAGAGAUGACGCUAGAUCUCAGUUGGCACCCCCAGGAGGACACACUCCACUACAGGCACCGCCCAGUUGCUCCAAGCCAGACGACAAUGCGAAAUAUCUACAAGAUAUUAGCAAGCCAGUAUGACCCCCUAGAUUAUAUCCUGCCCUUCACCACAAGAGCCAAAGUUCUGGUCCAGAGACUGUGGGCCAAUGACCGUGACUGGGACGACCCGCACUUACCCACUGAUCUCCUGCAAGCCUGGAACACAUGGGAAGAAGAGCUCCCUCAGCUCCUAUCAGUCAGCCUCUCCCGGAGCUACUUCCCAUCUGGCAUUGAUAUAAGUGACAUCACCCUUGAGCUUCACGUAUUUUGUGAUGCAUCAGAGUCCGCCUACGGGUCAGUCGCAUACCUACGUGGUGAAGAUCCUCAAGGCAAUGUCCAUGUGGCCUUCGUGCUAGCUCGCUCGCGAGUGGCACCAAAGAAACAGCAGUCGAUGCCCCGUUUGGAACUUUGUGCUGCCCUGACUGGAGCUCAGCUCGCCCAGGUGAUCCAGAGAGAGCUCACCCUUCAGUUGAGAGAGACGGUGCUAUGGUCUGACUCCACCACUGUGCUAACCUGGAUACAGUCUGAGUCCUGCACAUAUAAGGUGUUUGUGGGGACCCGUGUAUCCGAGAUCCAAGAACUGACCGACCACCGGUCAUGGAGGUAUGUGGACACGCAGAAUAAUCCCGCAGAUACCAUCACCAGAGGGAUGACUCUGUCUGACCUCGCCAAGCCGAACCAGUUCAGUCAUGGUCCAGCCUUCCUUCAGCAGCCACAUGACAGCUGGCCAACCCCGCCGUCUUUCGAGGAGGUUCCAGAUGAGACAGAGAUGAAGAAGUCUUCGUUCUGUGGCCUCACAUCGACUAUCUCCGCUCCAGAGAUCCCACCUGUCGAUGAAUAUUCCACCUUCGAAGACCUCCUUGAGGCGACUAGUAGGUCACUGCACGGAGCGGACUCCCAGCUAAGCACCCUCAGUGCUGAUGACUACGCAGAAGCCGAACUCCGAAUCCUACAGAGAGCGCAAAGUGAUAGCCUUCCAGAAGAGAUCAAGUGCCUACAGACAGGGAAAGCUGUUCCAUCCGGCAGUCGGCUCAUAACACUUGCCGCAGAGUACGACAUCUCCAAGGGCCUCGUCCGUGUAGGCGGUAGGUUACGCCGUUCUUCCAGCCUGGAAGACGACGUUGUGCACCCAAUUGUGCUAGAACCGAAACACCCUGUCACCAGGCUCAUCAUACGGCAGUAUGAUGACAAGCUGCUCCAUUCCGGAGCCGAGAGAGUCUUUGCGGAACUCCGACGCAAGUUUUGGAUCCUUCGGGGCCGCGAAGCCGUGCGUCGCCAUCAGAGAUCCUGCCCGGAGUGCCAGAAAUGGAGAGCGAAGCCAAUCAUACCAAAGAUGGCAGAUUUGCCCCCCUGCCGUCUCCGCCUCAUGAAGCCCCCAUUCUAUUCUACGGGAGUGGAUUGCUUCGGACCAUUCCAGAUUAAGCGAGGUCGGGUUACGGAAAAGAGAUGGGGAAUUGUGUUUAAGUGCAUGACAACGAGAUGUGUCCACCUGGAUGUGCUGCAUAGCAUGGACACUGACUCAUUCCUCAUGUCGCUCAGAAGGUUCGUGGCUCGACGAGGAACCCCCUUUGAGCUUCUCUCCGACCAGGGAACCAACUUCCGGGGAGGGGAGUCCGAGCUUCGAGUAAGUUUCCAGGUUAUGAGUGAAGAGUUAAAGACCCAGCUGGCUAAGCGCCAGAUCCGCUUCCAGUUCAACCCUCCAAAUGCGCCACACUUCGGUGGGACUUGGGAGCGGGAAGUCAGGUCCAUCAAGGCCGCGCUAUAUGUGACCAUGGGAGCACAGACGGUGACCGAAGAAGUUUUGCGGACGGUCCUCAUUGAGGUAGAGGGAAUUUUAAAUUCCAAGCCGCUAGGUUAUGUUUCGACGGACGUAGCCGACGUGGACCCAGUAACCCCCAACUACCUCCUCAUGGGGCGGCCCGACUCCUCGCUCCCUCAAGUGGUUUAUCCGGAGUCCGAGAUCCUCAGUCGGAGGAGAUGGCGGCACAGUCAAGUACUUGCGGACCAGUUCUGGACCCACUUCCUGCAGCACUACUUACCCUCCUUGCAGUCAAGGCAGAAAUGGGUGAAAGAGAUGGGAAAUCUUACCAUUGGCACAGUGGUGAUGGUGAUCGAUCAGCGGUUACCUCGAGCUCUGUGGCCCGUGGGAAGGGUCAAGAAGACUAUCAUGAGCGCAGACGGGAAGGUGAGAACUGCUGAGGUUCAAGUGGACGACAGGACCUACACAAGACCGGUGGCCAAACUCAUUGAGCUACCAGCUAUCCCAGAGGAUACUCCGACAAUGUCCCCAGCGGACACUGAGCCUUCAAGGAGCUGAUUCGCACAGCGAAUCAGGGGGCGGCUGUGCAAAAGGCUCAGAGUAUGGACAGUGAAGACCUAACCUGUUGCUAGGCAACGCCUUUUUGUUUACAGCUCGCGCUUGCCGCGGUUAAAUUUUGUGCAAAGUUAAUCAGUUUAACGGUCAUUUCUAGCGAGUUAAGUUUCCUUUGUGUGCGUCAAUAAACGGCAAACCACACAUACACACAUGCACACCCACCUGGUUUAAACCUAAGAGGAGAACAGAGAUUGCCUGUGCCUGUGUAUUUGCAUUCCAUUUAUAAUAAACCCCCAAAAGAAUUUCCUGCCUCCGUGUCCUGACCAGACACCCCAUAUUGUUGACAAACUCCUAACCACCAAGAGCUUCCUUACAAAGCGGGUGGAUUGCAGUGCCUUCCAGUUGAAGACAAGCACGGGAUUUCAUCAUGGAUGGGAGGGGACAGGCGGUGAAGUCUAGGAAGUGACCAUAGACAUACGUCAGUACUGGGAAACAGACUCUACUGCGCAUGAUGGAAUGAAAAAACGCUUGCUGCCCAUUGGAUUCAAUGUAUAAAUCCAAGGUGAUUUAACAACCAAAGAAAACCUAAUCGGUCCAUUUUUUGGGCUCAUUAAUUUCAUUAUGUGCAGCAGUUUCUGAAACAAUGGUUGUUUUGGUCCAGAGGUCUUAGUAAAAUAUGUAUUAAAACGUGCAUAUUAUAUAAUGUAUAUUCAAUCUGCUUUUCACGUGAAACGUAACGGUUGCCAGUCAAGUUUCAAAAUACCAUCGGAGAUGUUUUAUUUUGCCUUCAAAAGUCGGAUAUUCCCCAUUCACUUUAAUGGGGAGCACAAUGUUUUUCCCUCAACAACUUAGACAUGGGCAGUACAAGCUUACUUUUGGGGCUUGACAGCUUAGGUUGGCUGGGGGCGUGCACUUUUCUAGUUAAAUAUGCAUGUAUGUGGGUGACGCCCUUAGACACGCAUAUUUAAUUAGAUUGGCUGGCACGCCUCUGACUCAGCUUAUGCCAUGCUCUGCAAUUCGACGGGACCUGUUAUCUCACUGACCCCCAAAAGUUGCAAUGUCGCUGGGCACACAAACUAGCUGAUAAAUAACUAUCCACAGUGUCCACAGGCAGCUUGUGAGAAGGGCGUCUAACUGAUCUGGCGUAAUUUGGUGUGAAGAUGCAUCUCUUCAGCCUGUACCUGGACUAAUUAUCACUACUCUGCAGGACACUCCCAAUCUAUAGGAUCGCCCUUAUCAUUUGUAUCUUUCUAAUUUGUUUCUGUUGCACAUUCAUGUUACACUUGUACCUCCAUCCAGCACUUAUAUUACACUUGUAUUGUUAUCUUGAUGUUGUAGCUCGUUGUCAUGCCUCCUGGUUUGACCAUAACUUUCUGACCUAGCCUAUCCUUACUGUGUGAACUGGACUUAAUGUGUUCAUGGCUAUGAAUAACUGUUACAUAAUGAGUAUUGUAGUAGUUCCAAUGACCUUCAGUGUGCACUUAUUGUAUGUCUUUUUGGAUAAAAGCGUCAGCCAAAUAAAUGUAAUGUAGGCCUAUUGUAAUUUUAAUUUGAGCCUAACAUUCAGGCGAUGAGCUACUUCCAAAUUUCUGAUUUAGGGUUCAGUGAUGCAGCUAACUGGAACAAAUUGUCAAAAGCAUUCACGCAAAUGAGUAGAUAAUCAGGACAAGCAUUUUCUGCUAUGUUAGGUUCAAAUCUCCAGCUAUCUUUUUUCAGUAGGCCAUAGGCAUUAGUGUAGGGGAGAUUGGGCGGGGAAAUAACUAACAUAGCCCAUAUUACACUGGGCUGGGUCUCGGUACCCAAAACUCCACUGCUACCUUCAUCUUACGUUUAAAACCUUGAAGACAAAAUUUUUUACUCUGAAUUUGACAUUGAGAUACCGAUCAUGAAAUCAAAAACAUUUUUGGAAAAAUCUGAUGAAACCAAAUACAUUAGCUUGUAGCCACGAAAGCAGCCAAUGUGAUUGUGUGACUGGUGACAGGUGACAAGCUGGCAAGCCUUCAAACGACGCAAAACUCUACGGCUAACUUGUAAUCUUAACGUUUAAAAGGUUCAUAACUUUAUUUUCCACUGAAAUUGAAAUUGAGACAGAUCUUGAAAGCCAAAACUAUCUGUUAGUCACUAAAAGACUGUUUACGAUUAGCCAACAUACAUUUGGAUUCCUUGACAUACACACAGAAUAGGCCUACAGCAUCAAAAAAAUACUUCCCAGUAAAAAGAAAAAAUCCCUUGUGUACAGCCCAAAUAGGCUUUUAUUUGGCAAUAUCUCCCAAAUUAUUUAUUGAAAUCUCUCGGCGUUCGUCGGAGACAAAGAGAGGGUAAUUCUGAGUGUUUGAAAUAUGACACUUAAGCUCUGAUGCAACCACCUAAAAAAUCUGUAUUAGAUUUCGUCCCGCUCUCCCCUACUAACAUAAAAGCAGUAAAACAAGCAACCAGUGUUGCAGCCAAGGCAUGUACAGUCAAUAACACACUCUGGUAUUAAGGAUUGGGACUGGGAAUAAGGUGACACAAUGACAUACUUUGAUUGACAGCGCCCUCAUUAUCAUGUGGAUGAAGAAAUGCAUCCAUCCAUCCACCAUCUACACCUGCUUAUCCUGGUCAGGGGGGGUGCUGGAGCCUAUCCCAGCAUUGGGCGAGAGGCAGGAAAUAAUGAAAUACAGAAAUAAAUAAAUAAGGAAAUAAAUAUAUACAGAAAUAAAUGAAUCAAGAAAUAAAUAAACAUGUAAAUAAAUAUGGAAAUACAUGCAGAUUUUAUCUAUUAAUUUAUUUCCGUGGAGACUCAUUUAUUUUUUAGAUUUUUAUUGCAUUUAUAUUUGUUAUUUGUUCAUUUAUUUUUAAUUUGUAUCGGUCAUUUUUCAUUUGUCUUCCAUCCAAAAGAGCUUGCUGCCCAUUGAAGAAAACCAAGGGGAUUUAACAACCAAAGAAACCUCAAAACCCAAAGUUUUUUUUUAAAUCAUAAAUUCCAUUAGCUAUGUGUUUACUGUUUGUGAAACAAUUGUUCUUUUGCUACAGAAGUUUUGGGAAAUAUUUAUUAAAAUGUACAUUUUCACAACCUACUUUUAUAUAUAUAUAUACAGUAUAUAUAUAUAUAUAUAUAUGUGUGUGUGUGUGUGUAUGUACAUAUAUAUAUAUAUAUAUAUAUAUAUAUAUAUAUA